CUGCUCACGUAGCAUAGGCAAUUAGUCCUUUAAAUCGAAAAUGAUAUGUACAGUGUUUAUACUUCUAGCGGCUACUUUAACGUUAUACUUGUACUUGAAAUCCACAUAUUGGAAAAGGAAUAAUAUUCCAACGGCCAAAGGAUGUUACCCGCUCUUUGGUCACAUGUUAUCCGUAAUAGCCAUGCAAAAAGCUCCGGGCGUACUAAUUCAAGAAAUAUACAAUGAGUACAAGAAUUGCAGCAUGGUUGGAUUUUACAAAGGAUUAGUGCCAUCAUUAAUUAUCCGCGAACCGAACUUGGUGAAGUCUGUGUUACAAACUAAUUUCUCGAGCUUUCGUAUGAACGGUUUCCAGGUUCAAAAAGACGUGGAUCCCCUGUUCGCACAUCAUCCAUUUUUCAGUUUUGGGGAAAAAUGGUCAAAUGGAAGGAAGCGAUUGUCCUAUGCGUUUACCAGUGGCAAGUUGAAAAUUCUUUUCGUGACAGUUACCGGAGUGUGCAAGAAAUUCCAAGAUUACUUGGACAGGCGGCUUAGCUCCAACGACAAGUACGAAGUUGAACUGAAGUAUCUGUUCUCAAAAUUUACUGGCGAAGUUGCGGCGAACGCUAGUAUGGGCAUCGAAGGACGCUGUUUCGGGGACGUGGAUGAUCCUUUGGCGUUCGAUCAGAUCGGCCAGGCUAUUUUUCAACCGAAUUUCUUCGGUAGAUUGCUACUUAACUUUAUAAGCCUGUUUCCCAGCGUAAAUCGUUUCACGAAGAUCAAAAUCGUGAAGGAGGAACUCGAACAAAUGUUCAGAACGCUGGUUAAAGAAAAUUUGGAGCACAGGCGAAAGGAAUCAACGCCCAGGCACGACUUUCUCGAAUUAAUGGUGCAACUCGAGAAAGAGGAAGGAAAGCAGCUGCCAGUGGACGCUCUCACUGCUUAUGCAUUCACGUUUUACGCCGACGGAUUCCUAACAUCAAGCGUUACUCUCAGUUUCAUUGGAUUUCAACUUGCUAUGCAUCAGGAUGUUCAAGACAGACUACGAGAAGAAGUGAAGACUGUCCUGGAAAAACACGGAGGUGUGUUAACGUACGAAGCGGUGAAAGAGAUGACUUAUAUGGACCAAGUAAUUAGUGAGACGCAAAGAUGUUACUCGACACUGAGUGUCAUGACCAAAGUAUGUACAGAAGAGUGCACGUUGGAAGGAUCGGAUGGACUUAAGUGUCGCGUGAAACCUGGCACUGAAAUUGUCAUACCCAUUUAUGGACUGCAUGAGGACCCGAGGUAUUGGUCCGAUCCGGAGACCUUUGAUCCAGAUCGAUUCAGCGAGGAGAGGAAACACGAGAUUAAAAAAAUGGCAUUCAUCCCAUUCGGCGAGGGGCCAAGGAUGUGCGUGGGAAUGAGAAUGGCACUGCUGCAGAUGAAGUCUUGUUUGGCUACCUUGCUCAAAGGCUAUAAAUUGGAAUUGUCGCCUAAGACGAAACUGCCUUUGAAACUGGUGCCGCUCGUUUUCAUUACAGAAGCAGAAGGCGGACUUUGGGUGUAUGUGUCAAAACUUUAAUAACGGUCGAACAUGUAAUAUUGUAGGAAUUAUGGAUGAUAAUACGAUAUGUACGAAGUCUUAUUUACUUAUGUCAUAACGAAGUGGAAACAUAGAUAACAUUGCUAUCUCACUAGCAAAUAACAGUUACGAUAGGACAACAACGAAAUCAGUGAUAACGUACCUAACGACUGAAGUUUUCAAUGUCAUGUUUGCCACGUGCCAAUAAUUUUACGGGACGAUGAAUUAUCGCAUAAUAAAUUCAUUUCAUAACAUCGUUAUCAAAGAUGAAUGAACCUUACUGCCUGCACGUAGAAAUGUAGAUGAUAUUACAAUUUAUCAUACACACACUGGGUAAGUCGAAUUUAAUAAAAAUGUUUGGGACACA